AUGAACCCCAAAGUGAUCUUCGCCUUCUUCUUGGCCCUCAACAUGGCCGUCCCACUCUUCGGACUGUCGUGCAACUUGGUGAAUGACUGGACCACCUCGGUCGUGCAUGACCGCAAAUUCUGCACCGCCUACUUCGAGACCGGAGCCGGACACGCCUCGUUCGGAGGAUCCAAGGCUCACCCGAAGGAUCUCAUUACCUUCCGUUACGACUUCUUGAACGAAGCCGACGAUUGCCAACUACAAACCGGAAUUCCAAUCAUGGACAACUCCGGAGACACAACAUCCAUAUGGGCCUGCGUUUGCUAUGAAAGCAACUGUAACUUCCCGUUCAGCUACGAGGAGUUCGUCCGACGUGGCCACACACUCCGCCCAUCCUUCCGCCCAUCGGUCAUGCCUGCUGAGGAUGCUACCGGACACCACUAA